UAUGUGUGGGUAUAUAUAUAUAUAUAUAUAUACAUAUAUAGCAAUUACAUUCACAAUUGCAUGUGUUUGGAAGACGAAUUCAAGAUGUCCCAUUUGGGAGUGCAAUUGCUUAUUCAAGAUCGCCAUGUGGUGAUGGACAACGGCAUUGUCCAGGUGACUCUAUCAAAGCCAGAAGGCAUUGUGACUGGCAUUCGAUAUAAUGGCAUUGACAAUCUACUUGAAGUUCUUAACGAUGAGUCCAACAGAGGAUAUUGGGAUCUUGUAUGGAAUCCACCAGGAAGUUCCUCGGGGAUAUUCGACGUGAUUAAAGGAACAAGUUUUAGCGUGGUAGUUCAAAGUGACGAGCAGGUGGAGCUCUCGUUCACGAGGACUUAUGAUCCCUCCCUUGAAGGCAAGCUCGUUCCCCUCAACAUUGAUAAAAGGUUUAUAAUGCUGAGUGGUAGCUCGGGCUUCUACUCUUACGCCAUCUACGAGCACUUGAAGGACUGGCCGGGCUUCAGCCUCGGCGAAACGAGGAUCGCUUUCAAGCUUAGGAAGGACAAGUUCCAGUACAUGGCAAUGGCUGACAAUAGGCAAAGGUACUUGCCGCUUCCGGACGACCGUAUACCACCACGAGGCCAACCACUUGCUUACCCUGAAGCUGUCUUGCUCGUCGACCCGAUUGAACCUGAUCUCAAAGGGGAGGUGGACGACAAAUACCAAUAUUCGUGUGACAACAAAGACAGCAAGGUGCACGGUUGGAUCUGCAGUGAUCCGCCGGUGGGAUUCUGGCUAAUCACUCCCAGCAAUGAGUUCCGAUCCGGCGGGCCCCUCAAGCAGAAUCUCACCUCCCACGUCGGCCCCACCACCCUAGCGGUGUUUCUGAGUGCCCAUUACACGGGAGACGACCUGGUGCCUAAGUUCCAAGCCGGAGAGGAGUGGAAGAAAGUGUUUGGCCCUGUGUUUCUCUACGUCAACUCCGUCACCGAUCCUGUCGACCACCUUUUUCUCUGGGAGGGUGCUAAGCUACAGAUGAUGGUGGAAGUAGAGAGUUGGCCUUACAGUUUUGUGGCUUCAGAAGAUUUUCCCUCCUCAGACCAACGAGGCAGUGUCCGUGGCAGAUUACUAGUCUUGGACCGGUACGUGAGCGACGAUUAUAUAUCCGCGAAAAAUGCCUACGUCGGGUUAGCUCCACCGGGCGAUGUCGGGUCGUGGCAACGCGAAUGCAAGGACUACCAAUUCUGGACUAGAGCGGACGAGGACGGGUAUUUCUCCAUCAACAACGCAUGGGCCGGAGACUACAAUCUCUACGCAUGGGUCCCUGGAUGCAUCGGCGAUUACAAGUAUGGCGUUCCAAUCUCCGUAACACCAGGCAGCAACAUCGACGUGGGCGAUCUCAUAUACAAGCCCCCAAGAGACGGGCCAACAAUGUGGGAAAUCGGCAUCCCCGACCGCUCCGCGGCGGAAUUCUAUGUGCCUGAUCCCGACCCCAAGUACAUCAACAGGCUCUACGUCAAUCAUCCUGAUAGGUUUAGGCAAUAUGGACUAUGGGAUAGAUAUGCCGAGUUGUAUCCCGAUGGAGAUUUGGUUUACACCGUCGGCGCUAGUGACUACUCCAAGGAUUGGUUCUUUGCGCAGGUUAAUAGGAAGAAGGUUGAUAAAACAUAUCAGGGCACAACAUGGCAGAUCAAGUUCGCCCUCGCGAACGUGGACAAGAACGGUGUUUACAAGCUCCGGAUAGCGCUCGCGUCUGCCACGCUUUCCGAGUUACAGGUACGGGUAAACAACCCGAAGUCGAACGCGGUGUUCUCGACCGGAUUGAUCGGGAGGGACAACUCGGUCGCGAGGCACGGGAUCCACGGGCUCUACUGGCUGUACAGUGUGGACAUCAAGGGGACUUUGCUUAGCGAAGGGGACAACAUCGUCUUCCUCGCGCAGCCGAGGAGCAGCAGUCCGUUCCAGGGGAUCAUGUACGACUAUAUUCGUCUCGAAGCUCCUUCGCCGUCACCAUCCACUUCAAAGGCGGCAGCAUCAUGGCCACAUGUGUGCAGUUGAUGUUUGGCCAAUGGCCAUGCUUUGUGAAGGGGAAAUAAAUUAAAGUUCAGGGUCGUUUUAGCAAACUUGAUUUUCACGUUGGUCUGUGCUAAUAAAGAUUUUAGAUGCACGUAAGCGAUGAGGUAAAAGAAGUUCUGCAUUGGGUCCUUGAAGCUAUGUACUUUUCUCGAUAUAGUCCUUAGAACUUGGAAUUUGCCCGAAAUCGAGUCCUGAAACUUGCGAUUAUUUUUCAUUGAGGUCCAUCCAUCUCCAAAUUUCGACAUAGUGAAGUUGACGUGGC